CAGCUGGGGAAGGGGUGGAGCCACCUGUUCACCACUCAGGCUCCAGAACCUGACCCUGAAGGAUCCGGCUGCUUAAGCAUAACUGGGGCCGAAGUCCCUAUGGCCUUCCUACUGGAGGCUAGAAUUCCGAUGGACAAUUUGGACUUGGUUUAUUCUGCAAUACGGUGGAUACAGUUUGUUAUGGCUACUCUGAGUGUUAUAGGUUCAAGUUCACUUAUUGCCUAUGCUGUAUUCCAGAACAUACAGAAAUCUCCAGAGAUAAGGUCACUCUUUUAUCUGAGCUUCUCUGACCUCCUCCUGGGGAUAUGCUGGCUCAUUGAAGCACUUCUCUAUGGAACUUCAGCAGCUGAUAAGGACAUUGUCUGCUAUAACCUGCAAGCGGUGGGACAGAUAUUCUACAUUUCCUCAUUUCUCUACACCGUCAAUUACAUCUGGUGUCUGUACAAAGAGCUAAGGAUGAAACACACCCAGAGUGGACAGAGCACAGUUUCCCUGGUUAUAGAUAAUACUUGUCGAGUUGGUCAGAUAGCCAUCAUUUUGUCAAGCCUGAUACCUCUACUGUUGAUGAUACCUAUAUUCUGUUUGGGCAAUGUCAGUGAAUGUUUUCGCAACUUUAGCCAGAGCCACAGGUGUAUCCUGAUGCACUCACCACCAUCAGCCAUGGCUGAACUCCUGCCUUCUGCCAACGCAUCAGUCUGUAGCACACUUUAUUUUUAUGGGCUCACCAUUUUCCUGGGCAGCUUUCUACUCAGCCUCUUCAUCAUUGUGGCCCUACUCAUCCAAGCCCAGACACUAUAUAAGAAGUUUGUAAAGUCAACUGGCUUUCUGGGAAGUGAACAGUGGGCAGUGAUUCACAUCGUGGAGCAGCGAGUGCGCUUCUACCCAGUGGCCUUCUUUUGCUGCUGGGGCCCAGCUGUCAUUCUAGUAAUCAUAAAGCUGAUCAAGCCACAGGACACCAAACUUCACAUGGCCCUCUACAUUCUCCAGGCUCUAACAGCAUCGUCCCAGGGUCUGCUCAACUGUGGCGUAUAUGGAUGGACGCAGUACAAGUUCUUUCAACUAAAGCAAGAGGCUCGGCGUGAUGCAGACACCCAGACACCAUUAUUAUGUUCACAGAAGAGAUUCUAUAGCAGGGGCCUAGAUCCACUGGAGUCUACCCCUGCUUUUGCUACCAACACCUCCACCGUCCUUUGAAACUAGGAGACCCCUGAGUACAGGAACUGGAGUUAUUCCACACUAAGGGAUUGGAAAGAGCGUUGGGGAACAUCUGAAGCCUUUUCUAACUUGUCUUAAACUAUGGAAGCAAAAGGGAAUAUAGUGCCGUGGUUAGCUGCCAUUCUAGGCAAAUUGGGCAGGAUCUCUACAUUAUUUUCAAAUUCACUAGUGAUUCUUAAAGCCUUUGUUCAGGAAGAUGAAGCCAUUUUCCAUCUAAGAGAUGGAUUUAUAUUACCUCGAUGAAUAUUAGAUUCAUCUAAGUCUUUUCUAGAAAAAAUCAAUUCCAGUUUAUUAUUUAAACAUGCCACUUCCAGACUAUCUACUCCAUGGUUGCAGGUGAAGUAUGGUGGCAUGCAACGAUUUUCUCAGAUCUCGUCAUUGCUAUACUGUCUCUGAGGUUGGACAAAGAAAGUUCUGGAUUUCUCUUCUUUGAAUUGGUUUGGAAACUCAGAAAAACAAGGACAACAACUGUCAAAAAAGUGACAGUGGAAUCCUCAGAUACACCACAUUCGGGUCUCAUAUAUUCAGUGCUGUUCUAGGUCUUGACAAUAGGGGCCACCCUACUCUAGAAAAUUAGGGCCAGUCUUUUGAAGGGGAUAACAAGAUAAAAGAGAAAUCAUGACUAAAGGAAAUUCUAGGAAUCAAGAACUCUAAACUGUCAUUUACAAGCAGAAGUCCUAAGUAGGUUUAAUAGUGUCUGGACAUUGAAUUAGGUUAAACCAUAUGAACUUGCCAUUUUUGUAGGUGAAAAUAGUAUAAUAUCAAUUUUACAUUGUUCAACCUAACAGUGCUAAAUAUGUUUAUAGAAUAAAUGAAUAAACAAAUGAAUGAAUGA